AUUUGAAUUUAGUUUUUGGUCAAACAAGUGUCAUUUCGGGUGUGGAAGAUGUUGCUUGUGUUUUUGUUUUUCAAAAUAAUUUAGGUAUUCAUGUCUUAAAAUGAUUCUUAGACAUGCUGACAUUUUAAAUCAAAAACACUCAAAUUAUUUCUAUAGGUUAGAAGUGAUUUUGUGUAAAUGAAGUGAUUUUAGUUUAGCUGUACAUUAAGAUAAAGCCAUGGCUAAAUACUACUUUACAAUCUUGAUGGUGAGGCUUGUGCUGCCAGCAGGACUUCUUCUCAGUAUAGCACUACGUCCGUUCGGCCUCUCGUUGAUAUAUCUGUUGCUGUAUUUAUUAGCACCAUUGCCCCAAGUUCCAGACUCACAAACGUUUAGCGGAAUAAGGGGCAAAUACCUUCUCCUUAAUGUGGUAGUGUCAGUUUUACUUUUGAUGGUGCAUAUUGCAUGGCACAGUGCUUUGGCAGCGUUCACUCCCUAUGGCUCGUUACUUGAUCAGUAUCCGAUCAUACAAAAGAUUGGACAUAAUUUGGGUCUGGUUUCGUACGCUGGGAUAGAUCCUCUAAUGGCCGUCCAUUAUUUAGCACCUGAGCUAGUUAUGACAAGUGUAUCCCUGGUGGUAUACUUAGUGGUCAAAAAACUGGUAACUGGACCAACGACUGAUAUUCAAAAGAAAGACUCCAAACAUCAGCGGUAUCCACUUCUUACUAGCGCUGGCAAAUAUUUAUCGCUGUUCCUUAUAAUGUUCUCCGGUAUUAUGCGACCGAGUGUAACCUCCGGGAUAUAUUUCCUGGUGUUCAUGGGCGCAGCAACUGCGUGGGCUCUGGGACGUCCUCUCGAGCGCGGCUUUGCGGUCGUCGGUCGCUGUCUGAUGGCCAUCAUGUCUGUCCAUAUACUAGUUCUCAUCGUAUACCAAUGCUCUUGGCUUAUUGCUAUUUACCCACCAGAUAUGGAUUUCGCUAGGUAUUUUGGUCUCACAAAAUUGGUUGUAAUAAAUGAUACGGACCCCAUGGCCUUUAAAUAUGAAGUAACGGAAGACCAUAUGUGGGCCACGCUGGCGAGUCCUUUAGUCAUUCUCUUCACAUACUUUAUUCUCGCUAUAGAAACCAGAGAACUAUUUAAACCGAAGGUUGCAUAUUCAUACAUAAAUUCCAAAGCACUCCACGGGAACGCCAGUGAGACCACUCCUCUAUUGCGCAACAUCAGUCCCAACAAACGGUGGUCGAGCAUUCGCUCCGGGUCGGUGACCAGGCAGCUGCACCAGGACUCCACCGGCUCCGUAGUUGUACCUGAUGAAGAGUCAGUCAUAGAAGCGGACGCACCGACCCUAAUAGAUGACAUCAUUGCAGCUGUUAUAGAUUUCUUCCAAGUUCUAGUCAGAUCGUCGUACAUAGCGACUACGAUCACCAUGAUGGCGUGGAGCAUAAUGUUCCACUCGUGGCUAACGUUCGUGUUCCUCAUGUGGGCGAACAUCGUGUGGCUGUGCCAGGAUCAGCGCUCGUUCAUGCUGAAGACCAGCCCCGUGCUGGUGUGUUACGCGAUGCUGCUGUUACUCGCGCAGUAUAUAUACGGCAUGAAUCUCACCGAAGCAGAGUUACCGUCUAAUAUUACGGAGGUGAAUCUCCGGCAGAUAGGGCUGGGCCGCAGCGAGGGCGAGGCGUGCGUUCCAUUGUUAAUUAAGUCGCUGUUCACGUGCAUGUUCUGGGUAACGCUGCGCCAGCGCGUGCAGGAGCUGCGCCAGCGCCGCCAGUCGGCCGUCAUCACAGACAUGGCUGCGCCGCUGCAGCUCACCGUCUCCACCGCUGCCAGUGUAAUGGAAGCGCAGCGCGAAGAAGAGUCCCGCUCACGGCUGCUGCGCGCGCUGGGCGAGUGGCUGCGGGCCGCCUGCGCUCGCUACUGGAUCUACGUCGUCGUCAUCAUGCUAUUCGUCAUCGGCGUCACCGGCGACCGGAUGACCAUAUUCCGCAUCAUAUACAUGUUCCUGUUCCUCGUGUUUAUACUCAUGUUCCAGAUAAGUUGGUACUGGUGGCGAAGACUGAUGUAUGUCUUCUGGAUAACUGUCAUCAUUUAUUCGAUGAUAAAUCUCAUACUUAUAUACAUAUACCAGUUCGACAACUUUUCUAAAACUAUAGAGGCUUAUCUUAUGAUUAAUGAAAGACUGCAACAUGACUUAGGCCUGGAGCCUUACCACCCGGCGGAUUUAUUCGUCAAAUUACUAACUCCGACUUUGUUCCUUAUUAUCACGAUAAUGCAAGUACACUAUUUCCAUAAAGAUUUUAUGGCAUUAUCGGAUCCGAAAACUAGAACAAAUAGUGUCGCAAAAGACGUUGAAUCUAGCAGACCUAGUCAAGCCGGCGCUUCCACUAUAAAAGACGAUCUCCCCCAACUACCGUUUGAAGAGGAGCGGCCACGGUCAGCGGAGGUUGAUGAUAGAAGUAUCACAGAAGCUGAAAAUUCUAUGGAUGUGUCUUCCAUAAACACCGCCGCUAGACGAUCGCUUCAUAGGAAACCAUCACGGUCGUACGCUGUACGGAUGCGGGAUGGCGCAAAUGGGUUCUCAACACAUUAUGAGGACGUGCGCCUAAAGCUACACAUAUUCGCUGACAGACUUUUCAUCUAUCUCGACAUACAUCUCGUCAAAAUUAUAUUUUUGGCGCUCAUGCUACUCAGCGUAUUUAAUGUAUGCGCCAUGCACGUGCCAAUAAUGUUGAUAAUCUGCCCGGCGCUCUGGCUGAGCGCGAGGAAGCAACGGUUUUGCGUACUGCUGAUAUCUACACUUAUCAGCAUCUACCUCAUGGCUAAGAUGGUGUAUCAGAUCGAAUACAUCAAACAUGACUUUUUCAACGUCAAUUGUAGUACAGUUGGUGAGAAUGACACUAUGAAUGUAACGACUUACAAUAACGCUGAGUGGGUUGGCUUCAUGAAGGCUCGCCGCACUCGUCCUCUAGUCGUACUGCUUAAGGGAUACAUUGGUCUAAUAGCCGUGUUCACUUUCUACUCCCUCGUCACGUACAGACAACAAUCGAAACGGGAAAUGGGUCUACUACCAAAAGGCAAAGACAAGGUUAUGUUCCCGGAAGUAACACGGAAAGAAGCCGAUAUAGAUAUGAUCCACUGUAUAAAAUAUUUAAUAAAUUAUGGUUUCUAUAAAUUUGGAGUUGAGAUAACCCUGAUGUGCCUGAUGGGCGUGAUCGGGUCGCGCAUGGACGUGUACGCGGUGGUGUACGCGGGCUGGCUGCUCGCGCUCGUGUCGAUGCGGCGCGCGCGCCAGGCCCGCGUGUGGGCCGCCUUCUGCCUGUGCGUCACCGUGCUAGUGCCCGCGCAGUACGUGCUCGCUGUCGGCUUCCUGCCGCAGUUCUGUAUCCAGUACCCGUGGAGUGGAGAUGCGCAGCAAAUGAAACACAUCCGGACGUGGCUAUUCCUCCCAUACGCUGCGGAGCCGCCGCACGCGAUGAAGCUCGUUUUCGAUUACUUCCUGCUUUUGUUCGCCACGCGGCAGUUGCGGGUGUUCAAGAUAGAAAAAAUCCAAGGUGAAUCAUACCCGGGCGGCUCCAACAGCGAGAAUAUUGGCAAGGACUGGGAGACGCCGAAUUUUGUCAACCCCGUGCCAGACUUCCUUAGCAAUGUUAGCACAUGGCUUGAUGUGUUGAAACGUAUGGUAUUCCUCGGAAUGCUCUGGGUGACGCUCGCCAUAAUGUUCAUGACGGGCACUAAUCGAGUGAACCUGUUCUCGAUGGGCUACCUCAUAGGUUCCUUCAUCUUCCUUUGGCAAGGGACAGACUUUUAUUUGAGGCCUAAAGAAGCUAUUUUGCAAUGGUGGUCGUGGCUACUUCGAUACAACAUAUCAGUGGUGGUAGUAAAAGCAUUGCUACAAAUCCCAGGCUGCAUCUUCAGCACUGUGAUGCAGAAUCACGCAUGCUGGCUCGUGCAACUUCUGGGCAUAGGAUGCGUCGACAAAUUUGCUGGUGGGAAUAUAGCACGGUUCCUCAAGAUGGAUUACAAUAAGGAGGCAACAUGUUCGGUUCCGCAAGAGGACAUCGGGCUCGCGUGGGACGGCGUUUGUUUUGCCUUCCUCAUACUGCAGCGGCGGUUGUUCCACAGUUACUACUUCUACAGAGUCAUUGACGAGAGUAAAGCCACUACUGUGCUUGCAUCAAGAGGUGCGGAAUUGAUAGAAGAGUUACGGCAAAAACAAAUGCAGGUACAAGAAGAACAGGAAGUAAAGAUAUUGGAGAAGAUAAAGGUGAAAAUGGAGAGGAUAAAGGCUAACCAGAAAAAAAUACAAGGCGUUAUGACAAAAGAACCUCACCAACAUGACACAGGAAGUGAAUCAAGUCCAAUUAGACGUCGAGUAUUCACGAGAAGACACGAAGCGCGAGACAGACUACCGUACAAGCAGCCCGCCAGCCAUCAGAAGGCGGUGCGUUCCGGAGAUUACUACAUGUUCGACGAAUUUGAUGACACCGAAGUGCCCUUGAAAGAUGAAGACUCCAGUUCUGAUGAAGACGCUCCUAAAGAAAUGGGUUUUGGGAAGAUGCGUCGUCGGUCGUCGCAAGCAGACAUAACUCAAGCUGACGGCGUAAAUUUGCCGAUGUCAGAACGCGAUCAGGAUCGAGAACGUGAUCGGGAUCGGGACAGGGACGGACAAGUGUCGGAACUAGAUGAUUACACUGCAAUGCCCGAACAAGAGACCUGGUUCGAUAAACUGAAGCAUUACUUGGAGACGGCGUGGGCGUUUAUAUCGAGCUUUUUAAUAUCGUUGACGCGUCACCUAAUGAAGUACUCGCGCGACUAUCGAUACGUGUCACGGACGCUAUCUAUCGAAAAGAGAAUACUCAAGGAAAAAGAAGGGUUCGGUAUAGGCAUAAGAGAAGGUUCGCAAAUGAUAUGGGAACCGCUGCCCGAAACACUUGUCCAUCAUAAGGACGUGACGCUGCUAGAAGAGCAAGACGACUCGAUGUUCAAGCAGGGCAGGUCGCCGAUUGUGUACUUGGCGUACGCCAUCUGGUACGCUGUACUAGCGCAUACCGACAUCGUUUGUUACAUCACUGUGUUCAUCAAUCAGAUUCAAUCUGCAACAAUACUGUCUAUACCGUUGCCCCUGAUGGUGUUCUUAUGGGGGACGCUUACUAUACCGCGGCCUACUAAGACAUUUUGGGUGACGCUGAUUGCCUAUACUGAGGUUAUCGUCCUCAUCAAGAGCAUGUUCCAAUUCGAAAUCCUGCCGUGGAACCAGAAGGCGAUCCCGGCGAAUAUGCCGUUCACCGCGCCGCGAAUCAUCGGCAUCGAGAGGAAGAGUAACUACGCGCUAUACGACUUAUUGCUGCUGCUGAUCAUAUUUUUACACAGAUUUAUGCUGAAGUCCCUGGGUCUGUGGAAGGAGUCGACGCCGGAGAUCGAAUUACGCGAGGACAUGGAGUACCAGCUGAGGCCUGAGGAUACUCAGCUGGUGGUUGACGGGCGCGCCGCAGAAGUCGGUCGCAAGUACGUGCAAUUGCACGACACCACCGGACCAAACGACGAGGAAGCGGAGCCAAAUGGAUCACUAUCACAGGCGGAACGCGAAAUAAAGCUUGCAGAGAAACACGACCGCGAGGUGAUGCUAGCAGAGCAGCAUGAACACGAGCCUGGGCCUUCUAAACAAGAUGAUGACCAUUACAAGGUUAACGACGACCAAGAGCCAAUAAUAGCUGUUACGACUACGAUGGAAGAUACAUACAAACAUUAUCCCAAAGUGAUUCUAUUAUCAAUAAAACGCUACUUGCGUCCAACGCAUCGUUUCUUCAAGCGUAUGCUGGCGCCGGGCGCCCGUGUCACCGCUGAUAUCUACGCCUACAUGUUUCUCUGCGAUUUCUUCAACUUCCUCGUUGUUAUAUUCGGAUUCGCCGCUUUUGGGACCCACCAAGGCGACGGCGGCGUACAAGCGUAUCUAGAAGAGAACAAAGUACCAAUCCCGUUCCUGGUGAUGUUGAUCCUGCAGUUCGCUCUGAUCAUCAUCGAUCGCGCGCUCUAUUUGCGCAAGUUCAUGCUCGGCAAGAUACUGUUCCAGUACGCACUCAUUAUUGGCGUGCAUGUGUGGAUGUUCUUCGUGCUUCCAUUCAUCACCGAGAGGACGUUCAACGCCUUGCUGCCGCCGCCGAUGUGGUACAUGAUGAAGUGCAUAUACCUGUUGCUGUCCGCGUACCAGAUCCGCUGCGGGUACCCGCGCCGCAUCAUCGGCAACUUCCUCUGCAAGUCGUACCACUUCCUCAACAUGAUAUUCUUUAGAGGCUUCAUGGCUGUGCCGUUUGUAUUCGAGCUCCGCACGUUAAUGGACUGGAUAUGGACCGACACCUCUAUGACUUUAAUGGACUGGCUCAAAAUGGAAGACAUUUUUGCAAGCGUGUUUUUGCUUAAGUGCUCGCGAUACGUGGAGGACGAGUACCCACAACCGCGCGGUGUAAAGAAAUCGAGCACGUCCAAAUACUUGCUCGGCGGCGGAGUGCUUGCCUUCGUGAUCGCCAUUAUAUGGUUCCCUCUUGUGUUCUUCGCGUUUGGUAACUCGGUCGGAGAACCAAACCCGCCAACAGACGUUACGGUGAAGAUUCGUAUCGGUCCAUUUCUACCCGUCUACCAGAUGUCGGCGCAGUCCCACAACAUCGAUCUCUACACAGAGCAGGACUACACGCAACUGAGCAACCUGUACGCGCGCGAUCGUACUGCGCAAACGUUCCUCUCCAACUACAUGUACAACGACGUCGCAGUCAUCACCAUCAAUCCCAACUCGACUAUGAAGUGGGAGAUCUCACCGCCCGAACUCGACCGGCUCGAACGAGAGGCCAUGUCCAAUGCCUCCCUACUGGUGAAGUUCACAUACGUGAUCACUCACCCAACGAACGCGGUGCCGAACCCGCCUACUAUCGAAGACCACCGCGAGGUGGCGCUCGAUGCAUUCGUAAAUAAUAAACCCAACCCACAGAGGGAAAUCCUGCUCAAACUACUCUCCGGGAAAGCUGAGUCGGAUUCUUGGUUACACGUAAAAAAACUGUUCCCAAAAUUCGUCAAAGUGUUCAACAAAGGUACCGCUAAAGCGGCAUACCAACUCAUGCCAGAAGUUCCUGAUGAUACUGAUGAAGACGCUCGAUUGUUCCGCGAUGUGCAACUCCGCUUAGAAAGAGAUGGUAACGGUAUGUACUGGCGGGUGCGCGAGUACUGCAAACCGGGCCAGGACUCGUUGUCGUCUAUCCCAAUGAACAAUUGCAACAUGCUGGUCAUGUACACUUUCAACGACAAACUGUUCCCUGAGACACUCAACUUUAUUUCAGGCAGCGGAAUUAUCGGCUUGUAUACCACAUUCGUAUUCUUGGCGUCUCGAGUACUUCGAGGCUUCUUCUCCGGGAUUUACACAAAGAUUAUGUUCGACGAUUUGCCGAACGUCGACAGAGUACUGCAGCUGUGUCUAGAUAUUUAUUUGGUACGCGAGGCCCUCGAGCUGGCUCUCGAAGAAGAUCUAUUCGCAAAACUGGUGUUCUUGUAUAGAUCACCGGAAACUAUGAUAAAAUGGAGUCGACCGAAGGAGGAAGAUGCAGAAGAGCAGAGAGCGCUGCCGCCUUCGCGUUGAGUUUAAUAACACAGUGAAACAAACAAAUUACUAUUAUAUGGUUCUCAGCUCUCUUGUUAAUAAUGCACAUUUGCAAGUAUAAAAUGUGCUUGCUUGCUUUUGCAUAAAAGAGCAUACAUAUAUAAUUGGUGCUGCUACAAUUCGCGGUCAAAUAAAACUUGAUCAAAACCAUAGACAGAAAAAUUUGCUCAGUAGAUAUUAAAACGGUCUACUGUGCAAUUUAAGUCAUGUGGUGCUGAUAUAAUGCUCAAGUUAUUGCCGAUAUAUUUGACAUUUUUUUAUUAUUAUAUGCCAUACCAUAUGAUAACAUGGGAGUCCCAUGAAAUGCACGUUCAUAGUUCAGUCAGUGCUUAGAAGAUAUACGGGUUAUGUCUUAUAUUUAUUUAUAUAUUUUAACAAAACGCGUCAUGUAGCAGUUGCGUUUUUAGAUACGUAAGUUGUACAGAAAUAUUUAAAGUAAAUUUAAGAAUAAGUCAAUUCGAUUGGGGAAUCGUUACGCAUUUAAUAUUAAAAUUAUUAAAGAAAUAAUGGAAAUAUUAUGAAUAUCGAUACGCACAUCUUUAUUGUCUAGUUAUAAUUUUGCAGGUUCUAGAUCCGUUUAUGGCUUCAUGUCUUUAAUUUUUCAGUGCAAUUGCUAUUUUUAUACAAAUACGUAGUUUAUACUAUAGGUAUAUUAUUAAUUUAUAAUGAGAAAGAAAAACAAUUUAUUCUGUACAGUGGCGGCACACUAGAUCUAAAUGUACACAUAGGUAUAAUGUCCCACAAAAAUUUAAAAGUGUGUUAAAUUAUUAAUAAAUUAAUUAUCAAACAAUUAAAAUUCACAACGUGGCUAUAAUCUAUAUGUAAUUUGUAUAUUAGCAAAUAUAACUGUUCAUAAAUAACUUACAAUGAAAAAACGAUUGAAUUACCUAGUAACAGAACACUUUUUGCAUUUGUAAUUCGGAGAGUUUUGCUGUUUCUAGGUAGUAAAAAAGACUUAUGCUUAAUACUUACUAUAACCAAAAGUAUGUAUUAAGUCUAUUUAUAAUUAAAUACUCAAAAAAUUUGCUUGCAAUACCUGUUUGUACAAGCUUACUAAAUUUUUAUUAUUAGUUAUCUCAAUCUAUGAAAAUAGACAAAAAUUUGAAUAUCUACGAGGAUUUUCAAUUAUAUUUUCUGGGUUCAUUGUCAUAUUGUGUUCAUAUACUUUUUUUAUUUCUACUUUGAAAUUUAUUUCAUUUUAAUAUCGAGUAUCCUAUCGAUCUAGAACCUUUAAUCUCGACGAAUCAAAUUAAGACAUGGACCGGAUCAUGAAAUAACGAUCUGAACUUUUGACUAUGAAUGAUUAUUACAAAAUAAAACGACAGAUCUGUAUUUAUUAAUAACAUAUAUUCAAAAUUAGCCUAAUAUAGUACUUAAAAAUAUAACAAAAUAACGAACUUUUAAAGAAUUACAGUUAUUCAAAGUCCGUCUAUUGUGCAUAAGAGCACCCGAACAUACUAAUUCCCUUUUUUGCUGUAAUGUACAAAUGACAACUGAUACAAAUAUAAUAAACUGAGGCAUUUGGAGAACUUAUAAUAAUUGAAUUGCUUAAAAUUUGUAAAAGGAGGCUUCCAAUAAAAUCUAUACUUAUGUUCGGGUGACACUAGUAUCAAUUAUAAUCAGAUUUGUUUUAUUCGUUCAAAUAAUUAUAACACAAAACACCAAUAGUGGUUUAAUAAACUGCUUAUAUGUUUAUAGCUUAUCAUCUCGCAUUGAAAUAAACAAUGGAUUAUUUUGGUGUUGAUGAUAUUGUUUUAAAGAAACUAUGUCUAGUUGCUACUUAUAAAAUAGGAACUUUCUUAGUGCUACAUUGUUCCAUAUUAUGUGCCCUACCAUUAGGGCGAAGAUUCUAAAUAGAUGAGACCUGAAAAUUAUACCUUAUUACUACCUAUAAUUAAUAGUCCACAAUCUUAUAUUUACUUUUUUUUAUAUUUACCCAAAUAUAUUAUGUACUAUUUAAUACGAUUAGGCCCAAGAUAUUUGUGAGUACUAUAAUUGUACUUACAAAUAUUUUAGGCCUAAUCGUAUUAAAUAGUACAUAGUAGUACCUGUCGUUAUGAAAAUAACAUCUUUUUCCAUUUCACGGUAGAAUUGUUAUUGUAUAAAAAAAUCUUCCAUAAUUAUACAAAAUUAUACAUGGAAAUGAAAGAUUUUUACUUAAGAAAAUAUUUCAUUAAAAAAUAGGUAGGUAUGUAGCAAAAUCCGCCUAUUUCAGACGUCCGACACCUUAGUUUUAGACCAAAACGUCUAAAUGAGAAUAGGUAUUAAAUCUUUUAUUUCUAUGACUGUAAUACUAAAAUACUAUUUAUACAUGUUUUAAAUGUUUUUACCCUGUUUAUAUUUUAUUAAAAAAUUUAUGUUAUAAUGACUGUUAUUUACUUACAGCUUAAUAUGUGUAUAUAAAGAAUAAAAGGCAAGUCUCUGAUAAUAUGAACGGAUUUUGUUUAAAUAUACCUCAAGUCUUAAGUGUUGCAUUUGAUAAAUUUAUAAAUUAUUGAAGUAUGUAAGAUUUAUUACUUAUACAUUUUGUAUCAUGAUUGUUAAGCUACACUUAAUGUCGUCGAUUUGUGUUAAUAAAAAGUAUAUAUAACA